GAAGAAGACGUUCUUCCUGGGGCGCCAAACCAAGCUGCUAGAAGUCACAGUUUAAAUAGGUCAGGGGACCGUGAGGCCUGCUCCAAAAGCUUCUACCUGAGUGUCUUGUGCCAGCAGACAUGGAUCUCAGUCCCUUUGAAACGGACAACUCUGUCAGCUGCCGGCUAGUCUCUCAGAUCCCUGAUGUCUGCAAGAUAGAGGACUGUUGUUUGGGCAUCGACGAGGCUGGCAGGGGGCCUGUGCUGGGACCCAUGGUGUAUGGAAUAUGCUUCUGUCCAGUUUCCAAAAAGGAGGAGCUGAAGGGCUUGAAAGUGGCAGAUUCAAAGACCCUAACAGAAGCAGAAAGAGAGAACCUUUUCCAAAAACUGGAUGAAGCCAGAAAUUAUGUGGGCUGGGCACUGCAGAUUCUCUCCCCCAACACCAUCUCUACCAGCAUGUUACAGAGGACAAAAUACAACCUGAACGCUCUUUCACAUGAUACAGCGAUCGGUUUAGUACAGUAUGCCUUGGACAGUGGAGUGCAGCUCAAAGAGGUUUAUGUGGACACAGUCGGCCCAGCAGAGAAGUAUGAAGAGAAACUCUCCCAGCGGUUCCCAGGUAUCGACGUGACUGUGAGGCCAAAGGCUGACUCUCUCUUCCCCAUCGUCAGUGCAGCCAGUAUCUGCGCGAAGGUUGCCAGGGAUCGUGUUGUAAAAGGCUGGAACUUUACCGAAGACCUGGGAGAGGUGGAUACAGAUUAUGGCUCAGGAUACCCAAAUGAUCCCAAGACUAAAGCGUGGCUGCUGAAGUACCUGGACCCAGUGUUUGGUUACCCUCAGUUUGUUCGAUUUAGCUGGAGCACAGCCCAAACCCUGAUGGACAGCAAGGCGGUGACUGUCCACUGGGAUGAUGACGACGAGGAUGGGGAGAAGGCGGCACAUCGGCAACACAACAGGUCCAUGUUGUCCUACUUCAGUGCUUCAGCUGGAGGUAACGACCAGAACCCAAACCACCAGACACACCGCUUCCUCACUGAGCGGAGGCUGAAGAGCCUCGACACGCUCUGAAGACAUUAGAGGACAUGCACAUACGCACUGGAAAUCAUAAGCUCAUUGUGAGCUCUUCAUAUAAAACUAAGAAGUUUAGUUUAGGUACAGAUGUGCAUGGCCUUGGAUGAAACCUUGCUGGCAUCUAAUGUUUGUAUCACUGUUGCGAACUUGGAUUUUGUUUGUUUGUACCUGUUUUUUUAAUACAUAAAAAUAAUGUUUAA